CAACGGCCUGCAUUAGUUGGCGCCGGUGGUUUUACAUAAUCUAAACCAGUUUUUCUUUUCGUCUGACUGACAGUUACACACAGGGCCUUAGGAAGAAUCAAAAAAAUCUGGACUGCACAACUGCACAGUAAAUGAGGUACCAAAAACGUGGUGGUGCCUGCCCUAUAAAGGGAGGCAUGCAUCUUAUGCUCUAAGCCACAGUGAGUGAGUUGAGGUUUUACAAUAUCCAACAAGCAAGCAGUUUUCAUAUUGCCUUUGUGUUUUUCUCUUCCCUUUGUUCAGAAAGAGAGUAUGGAGAUGAAACUGAUGGGUUGUUGGUCUCUGAUAGUUUUUGGGUUGGUGGUUACGGUUUUGAACAAUGCAUGUCCUGCAAAUGGGAUCACAUGCCAAGAGGCCCUAAUGACUUUGAUGCCCUGUGAGUCAUACUUGGUGGGUUCUGGCCCAGGCACUCCUGCCGUUCCUUGUUGUGCUGGUGUCCAAACCCUUGUUUCUGAGGCUACCUCCACUGAAAUCCGCAGGAGCCUCUGUGAAUGCUUGAAAAAAGCUGCAUCUGGGAUGAAGAUUGACCCAGGCAGACUUAAGGCCAUCCCCGAAUACUGCAAGGUCUCCAUUCCUGUACCUCUUGACCCCGCCGUCGACUGCAGCAAAGUUCCUCUGUUCUAAAGGGUGUGCAUGAUGAUGUUAUGAAAUAAAACUUGGAGAAUGAUUAGCUGCAAGCCAGAUGUUUUGGGAUGUGCAGAAAAUUAAUUAGUGUUUGAUUCAUUUUGUGCAUCC